UGGAGAUCGGAGGGGUUUUCCGAACACCCGGGAGUCUAACGGAAGGAAGGAAGCGGGCCGGCGAGCGGACGACGUCAGUGUGAGCCUGACCUGAGGCCUCCCCGCCGCACACAUGAACCACCCGCCUGGACGCCCGCCGCCCCGCCUAGGAGAAAAGGUCAAGCAUAUCAUUGCCGCCAGGAUGCUCUGCUGCGGUCGCAAAAAGGAGAACCACGAGGGCGACCUGGUGGUGUGCGUGGAAGGCGGCAGCGAGACGUGGGGUCCUCGCGUGGGCGUCGGAGGGCGACCGCGGCUGGCACCGGGCGCCCCGGCGCCCGAGAUGGUGCUCCAGGGGGACUUCCGCAAGGUCAGCGGCAUCUCCAGCGACGUCUUCCGCCAGAUCGAAGCCGUCGAGCGGGAAUUCGACGCCACCACGGCCGCGCACCUCGAAGCCGUGCAGAAGCGGGGCGAGAUGGUCGUGCGCCUCCUGGACCCCAGAGCCCUGGGCCGCGCGGGCGCCCAGGCCGCCAGACGCUACGCACAGGGCGGAACGGCCUUCGUCGAGAUCGUCAAGCGUCCAGGACAGACCCUGGGCCUGUACAUCCGAGAGGGCGACGGCAUCCGGACGCAGGAAGGGGUCUUCAUCUCGAGGAUCGCCCUGGAGAGCGCCGUCUACCACUCCGGGCUGCUCCGCGUCGGAGACGAGAUCCUGGCCGUGAACCUCGUGGACGUCCGCAACAUGAGCCUGGACGACGUGGUCAUCAUCAUGUCUAUCCCGCGGAGACUCGUCCUGGCCGUGCGGUCCAAGGGCGCGGCACGGGGGCUGCCGCCGCUGCCACCGUCGGCGGAGAAGCAGCGUCCGCCCGUGGUCAUCGUCAAAAGGGGCGUGCAGGAGGCCGACGAGGAGCUGCAGUGGGCGGCCCAGGAGAAGCCCCGCUAUGCGAGCCCCGUACGCAGGCAGCCCGAGCCGUGCGGGCCACCGCACCGCUACCCGAGGACACUCGAAGGGCUCGCCGAACAAGUGCACGCCUUCCGGGGAAGCCCACGUCUCGAGAGCUCUUCUGAAGCACGGAACAGAUACUGGCAGGAGCACGACCGGGGCAUGACGGCGAGGCGGCUCCUCCGCACCGAGAGCGAGCAGCGGCUCAUGCAGCCGGACCUGCUGGGCGGAACCGGGCGGUACUACUCUCUGCGGCCCUCAGCGGGCUCCAUGCACCGCCAGAUGCACCCGCAGCAACCGGGAGGCAUCCUGCGUCGACGCUCCCUCAUGGAGAGCUGUUCCGACACGGAGGUGCAGUCCGGCCGGCGGCCCCUUCAGGGUCCCCUGAUGGGGCCCGGCACGCUGGGGCCCGGCGUGGGGCCCCCGGGGGGCCGCUCGCUGUCCGGCCGCUCCAACUCCCUGCCGCGGGGCGUGGCUCUCGGGGUGCUGGACCCCCGGAGGGGCUUCCGGCACGGGGUCCGCUUCGAGCGCGCCGCCUACGACUCCCAGGAGGACAGCGACGGGGCGCUCUCGGCACCCGAGCUCCCCGCCCAAGGGAGGCCCCGGAGACCCAAAGUUCGUCCGACGUCCGUGCCCGUUCCCGCUGCAGGGUCCCCGUGCGGCAGCGUCCUGACCGGGGGCCCACUGCCCGGCGUGUUCUCGUCGGCUGAGUACCGGGCCUGGAUGCGCCGAGCCCCGUCCACCUCGGCCCUGUACGAGCGCGUCGGGAGGCUCACGCCCCAGGGGGCCACGCUGGGCGGCACGGCCUCGCUGCCACGUCGCCCAUUGCCCAGGGUCGCCCACAGCGCCGAGAGCCUGCUCGACUCCCUCAGACAGGAGCAACACCAGCACCGGAUGGAGAUGCAGCAGCAGCAGCAGCACCACCACCGCGGCAUGAUGCCCAUGUCUGCGAGCGGCCUGCUGCCAGGGGCGGGAGGCUGGCACCCGGCUCUGGAGAUGGGCGCGGCCGCGACCCUGCGUCCCAUGGGCCGGUCGUCGUCGCUGCUUUUCCCGCGCCCGCUGCGGCUGCCGCACGCCCUUAGCCUCGACUACGUGUGCGCCGAGGACAGAGCCCUGUGUCUCAACCCUAGGGAGUUUCUCAAGUACAGGCCGGAGAAGGAGUCGGAGUCGGUGCUGGCGGGGGGCUUCAGCGGGCUGCUGUGGCUCCACCUGCUGGGCGCCCGGGGCCUCCGCGGCCAGGGCCCCAGGGACUUGUACUGCGUCAUCGAGACGGACCGGGCCCACAAGGCGCGCACCGUCGUCCGCUCGGGAGACCACAGCUUCGACUGGGACGAGGUGUUCGAGCUGGACCUGGUGGACAACCGCACGGUGGCGUUCCUGCUGUACAGCUGGGACCCCCAGUCUCGCCACAAGUUGUGCUACAAGGGCACGGUGCAGCUGCUGUCGGCGCUGCGCGAGGCGCCCGCACACAGCCUGGCCCUGCGGCUGGAGCCCCGCGGGGCGCUGUACCUCAAGCUCCGCUACAGGGACCCCCGCCACACCUUCCAGCGGAGCCCCAACUACGCCGGGGGCAUGUUCGGGGCGCCCCUCGACGCCCUCGUGGCCCGGGAGAAGGGCCCCGUGCCGCUCAUCGUGCAGCGAUGUGUGCAGCAGGUGGAGGCCCGCGGUCUGGACAUCGUGGGCAUCUACCGGCUGUGCGGCUCGGCCGUGCGCAAGCGGAUGCUGCGCGAGGCCAUUGAACGAAGCUGCGCCACGGGCGCCUGGAAGGUGGACCUGUCGGCCGAGCAGGUGCCGGACAUCAACGUGGUCACCAGUCUGCUGAAAGAUUACCUCCGCGAGCUCCCGGAGCCGCUGUUCACCAAGGGCCUGUUCGACAUGCUGGUGGACGGCCUGAGCGUGUGCCUGCCAGACGAUCCGGACGGCAAUGCCAAGCUUAUGCUUAGCAUCCUAGACUGCCUGCCCAAGGUUAAUCGGUGCACGGCGCUGUUCCUGCUGGACCACCUGAAGCUGGUGAGCAGCCGCAGUGACCGCAACAAGAUGGGUUCCCUCGCCCUUGCCCAAUGCUUCGGCCCCGUGGUGGUGUGCCACGCCGAGAGCGGCGCUCCAGUCGCCGACCUCCGGAGGCCCAUCGAGGUGUUCGCCUACCUGCUCGACAUCUGGCCACUCAACAGGGCCGCAUUCGUGAUGCCCAGCGCCUCGGACCUGAGCCAGGGCCUCGGUCCCGGGGCAUCGGCGGUGCCGGGAGGCGCCUCCAUGUCGCUGCUCUCUUCCGGGGCGGACAAGAUGGGCUCCGGGGCCUUGUCGUCCUCUCCGUCGGCAUCGUGCGUCGUGGGCACGGCUUCCGCGGGGACGGCGGUGUCCUCGGCGGCGCCGACGUCGACGCCUUCGACGGCAUCUUCGGUGGUCACGUCGGCCGCAUCGACCGUGGCAGAGCAGGGCGACUCCAAGCACUGGCCGAGCCAGAGAUCAUCACUGCCAGAAUCCGCCUGUUGACCCCGUGCUACUCCUUUCACCCCAGAAUGACAUCCUUCCCCUUCGCGUCCCGAUGAAUGCUCCCGUAGCCGGACAACCGCCGCCUAGACGUCGUUACUGUUACGCGCUGAAACGGACUUCACCUCCGCGGGUGAAGCAGAAGUGCUGCUUCCAGCGCUGACGUCUUUCUUGGCUGUCUGGUAACUUGGCGUCGACUCAGCACGAAGGAUUGUGCUCUUAGUGUACCCUUAAGCCGCAGUCAUACUGCUUGUACAUCAUGCAAAAUACACCUGCGGACACACCUCAAGCGUAUUCGAAGCGCCUUUGCUUCGUACACACGUGCGCUUCGACCGUGUCUACAGACAGCUUGUGUAUGGCCGAUGGCACGUCAAACGUGAAAGAAACCCGACUCAGACAACGCCUGCAAACUGUCUUUUGUGUGUUGUAUUCGCAGUGCGAGUGCUGCUCUAGACCACCAAAAUCACUCUUUCUUGUUGUAUAAUCUUACCGACAUGCAAAAGGUGUGGAUCCUGGUAGAAGUGCUCCGGGCCCAGAAGAGGCGGCACUUUUUUCCGGUUGUGUUGGACGCACGUUUGCUCACGCAGCAUCGUAAGGGAGCGGAUAUGCCCCACGGGACACACUCAUUCGUGUCAAUUGUGCAAGUUAAAAAAAAAAAAA